AUGAAUCCCCUCGUGUCGCCCGCCAGACGCAUUCUGGGCCAAAAGGAUCCGAACGCGCCUCUUCUAUCACCAUCUCCCAAGAAAACACAACACGCCCACCCCAUCCCAAGUCCUGCCCGUGAGCGGAGUAAUCUCAAGCGACCUAUUUCUCCCAGUUCUUCUGUCCCCCCAAGCCCUCGAGCUGGCCAAAAGAGGAAGAUUCAGGAAACCGAAGACGAUCUUAUGCUUGACUCCCAGAACAGUUCAUUCAGUCACCAUCCGCUAUCUCAGAUGACGGGCAUGUGGAGCGAUCGAUCCUCCCAAGAUGCGUCCAGUCCUCCUAGGUCGAUGGAGCUUGCAAAAUCCACACCUCAUACAGCCUUAACCUCCUUUCAAGCCUCCCAAGAAGAGUCUCAAGGGAUCGAGGCCCAAUUUGUCAUACACGAUGAACCGAGCCAAAAAACACUAGACAAGAUGCAUGCUGUCGCCCUGCCUCAGAGCACAUCACAGUUGAUCCCGCCGUUGCGACCUAAUCUCAACAAGGAGGCGUCCCAGAUCAGUCUGAGUCUGUCAAGUCUAAUCGACUUUGAAAAUGAUGACGACGAUGAAGAGGACAAUAUGGACUUCAUCGCAGAAACAUCAUCCUUGCCAAAGCAAAGACCACAGACAGAAGCUGAGACUAGGAAGGAGAUGAUGCUGGAAAAAGCCGAAACUCUUCGAACUCGACUCCAACUCGCCAUUUUCAAAGUCCAAACCAACCAAGUCACCAAACCUUUUGCGCGUCUGAAUGUGCCCAAGAUUAAGUCGCCAUCUCCAGAAGUUCGCAUUCACUCAUCCUCUCCCAGAUCAUCCUCCACCAUCAAGGCGAGGUCACUAUCACGCGAGGUCUUCAGCCCGGAAACCAUAAUUGCUCGAGCCCGCGCCCGUGCCGCAAUGCAAUCGAAGCCUGCGGUCAGACCUCUUUCACAGAUCCCAUUUCCGACAAUUGUUCCGACAACAUAUACGGCAAGAUUCGCCGAAUCAGCCGUGCAGAACAAGUUUCAUGAAUCCAGCCAGGAAGGGAAACUCGACCUACCUAGUAGUCCUCCAUCGUCGCAAGAGGGGCCUGAUGAGCAAAAUUUGCCUAGCACGGCCGAGGAAUUACCAGCCACCGAACCAAAAACUCCUGUACAGCUGUCAAGUCCGGUGAGCAACGCAGACCGAGACUCAGAUCAUGGGUCCAUCUCCAUGAUUGAGCGCAAAAUAUCGACCCAGCAACAUCAUCUUCGCGAGGGUGCUCUCACUAGUAGUGUCGUCAAAGGUCAGGCGGCGAACGGGUUGCUUGAACUGAUGAGAGGAAAUGCAGACGCUAAGAACGGAGUGGCCAAGUCUGGUGGUGUCGGUAUGUGUGGUUUAUGA